UCUCUGCAAUACACAUCCUUCUCUGUCUAUUUUUCUCCACCUCCCUCUCAGCGCUUCAGUACUUCAAGGCUUCUAGCUAGCCCUGUAGUAAUGGUAGCAAUGCCAAGGACUACCAUCGUCCUCUCCACCAUCAUCUUCUUCCUUUUUUCCGCUCAUGCUAGUGGCUCUGACACUGGCAAGCCCAAGGCGACCAAGCUCAUGGUGGAAACAUGCAAGAAGGCCUCGAUCAACAACCCCUACAACAAAUCUAUCACGCAAGAAUUCUGCUUGUCCACCCUUCAGUCGGACAAUCGAAGUGCUGAGGCUAAGGACCUCCGUGACUUAGUGCUUGUCACUGUCGACAUCUUUAAGAGCCGUGUCACUGCCGCUAGUCGUAAGAUCAAGCAAAAGCUGCAAGAUGCCAAGAAGGGAACAGUGGCAAUGCAUGUUCUCAGUUAUUGUGAGGUGGAGUAUGAAGGUGUGGUGAGACGCCUCAACGUGUGCCACGGCCUGAUCAAGGACUACCAAGGUGACAAGAGUGGGCAGCAGUUCUUGCAUCUGCCCGACUGUGUGGAUAUUAAUUACAACCCUAUCAUCAUGUGUUGGUUAGAGCUUCCAGAUAUGCCUGGUGCGGAGGCGCUCAUCAGAGAAAACGAGGAGUUGUACAUGCUUCUCAUCCUCAACAACACCUUACUAAUAUCAUAUGAUGUCCGUGAUUAAUAUUAUUUGUUGUCGCAUCAGUUAUUUGAAAUAACAAUAAUAAACCUUAUUGUCGCA